AUGUCGGACAGUGAUACGAUCUUCAGUGAGAUGCUGCAGGCGGUGGAGCGCUGGCACGCUGAGGUGAGACAGCUGACUAAGGCCAACAUGCAGGUGGCCAUGUCACAGGCUGAGGGAUACGUGGAGCGGCUGGAGCAGGAGAUCCUGGAGCUGCAGCGCAAAGACGUCGAGCUGCGCCAGAUCCUGGACACAGAGGACAACAUCCACUUCCUACAGGUACUGGACUAGAGGGAGGAGGGACACUGGGCUGUAGGAACAAGGAUCAGUACUGACAAUAGGCCGGUAGAAAAGAUGAUGAAUCUAGCAUUGGCAUUAAAAGGAAAAGUAUGACUAUUAAAUUAAAAUAUGUUAUUCUCCUUGUGUCCAUUUAACUUCAAAAUUACUCACUGAAACAGUAUUUCAUAUCUUACUUCGGCACUAUGUAGAAUUUCCCCACGCUGUGUGUUCCUCCUGAGCCCAUGGUGCCCAAAGUCCUGAUCAACCCCCAGUUCUCCUUCGGAGAGGUCACUAAGACUGCCACCGACAUGAAGGAACAUCUAGAUGACAUUUGUAAGAAGGAGCUGAGCAAAAUCUCCAAGCUAGGUUAG